ACAGGUGAUGAUAGCAGCUACACCCUCUUCUGUUCCUCAAAACUAGCUUUUAAAAUGUUGGUUCCAUCUCUCUGCAAUCUUCAGAAGCUGUUCUCUUGACAUGUAUGAUUGAUAUUUUGUGAAAGGAGAUAUGCUUAUUAAGCAUAAAUGUAGUAAUAUUUCCCUGCCAAUCUAGUUUAACCUAAAAGUUUCUUACCACAUAAACUGGAUAAACGUGUUGUCAUGGUUGCCUGAGGCCUCAGAAUAUGAAUGUGAGCCUGCACCUGGGCUCAUGGGCUCCUGUAACACCAUGUUUGUCUCCAACACGUUCAGAGGUACCUGUGACACACCUGCAGGAUUACCUUUCUGUGUCAGAUAAUAGCAUGAGGGUUCUGGGAUGGUGAUACUGUGGCUGCCAUGGCGACUCACUCCGUUUAAAGUGGGAAUCACACACUGAAACAGAAAAUAAAUGAGACUGAAGCCAGCCUAGCAGGGAAAGAAUACAAUAACAAGAUGCCUGUAUCUAAAACUCGAUGUCACUGGAUGCUAUUAAUUCUGAUUUCUUUUUCAUAUAUGGUAAUGCGAAUAUAGCUGGAGAUGAAGACUUUGUUCUUUUUAGGAAAGAAGAAGGUGUCCCCUGAAAAGAUGGUGGAGAUGCAGGCCAAGAUUGAGGAGGAGAGGAGGGCUCUGGAGGCCAAGCUGGACAUGGAGGAAGAGGAGAGGAAUAAGGCUCGAGCCGAGCUGGAGAAGAGGGAGAAGGAUCUCCUUAAAGCCCAGCAUGAACACCUCUUGCUGCUGGAGAAACUGUCUGCCCUCGAGAAGAAGGUCAUUGUCGGGGGAGUGGACCUGCUGGCCAAGGCUGAGGAGCAGGAGAGGCUACUGGAGGAGUCCAACAAUGAGCUGGAGGAGAGGCGUCGGCGGGCGGAGCGGCUCCACCGGGAGCUGGAGGAGAAGGAGCAAGAGCGCCUUGACAUUGAGGAGAAGUACACCAGCUUGCAGGAGGAAGCGCAAGGAAAAACCAAGAAGCUGAAGAGGGUCUGGACCAUGCUUAUGGCUGCCAAGUCAGAGAUGGCAGAUCUGCAGCAGGAGCACCAACGGGAGAUCGAGGGGCUUCUGGAGAACAUCCGUCAGCUCAGCCGUGAGCUUCGGCUCCAGAUGCUGAUCAUCGACAACUUCAUCCCGCAGGAAUACCAGGAGAUGAUUGAGAAUUAUGUGCACUGGAACGAAGACAUUGGGGAGUGGCAGCUGAAAUGUGUGGCCUACACCGGAAACAACAUGAGGAAGCAGACCCCAGGCCAGGAUAAGAAGGAAUCCGAUCCCUUGGAAGUGGACCUGUCCCACGUGUACCUGGCCUACACAGAGGAGAGUAUGAGGCAGUCCAUCAUGAAGCAGGAGCGACCGCGGGCUCCCAGGAGUGGGAAGUCCAGGCCGAAGACCAGCAGGCGGAAACGACCCACUAAACCAGAGACUGCGAUUGAGUCCCUUCUGCAGUAACGGGAGAACACCUCAGCUCUGUGGGAUGAGUACAUGGGAAAGGCCUUCACUACUUCAGGGGACGAUAGAGGCAUCGGACUGUGAACCAUGGGCAUCUGUGCUUUAAAAUGGACUGUGAAAAAGACCAAGCACCUUGUACAAAAACUGUGUGUUGCGUCAUACUGAAUGUGUAGGUCCUACAGUAUAUUAAUGGUUAUAUGUAGAGAUGAAGCAGUGCUUCCCCUUUCCUACGCAGUAACACUAUUACCAGCCAGUCUAUGCAUGUUGUUUGCCCUCUGAAUUCACUUUUAUUUACUUUACCACUAAGCACUCCCUUUUACGUGUCAGCCUUUGAAUCGUCUGUUCAAACGUGGUUGGAGAUGACAGGACCUUCCAGAUGAUGGUCAUUCUCUUCAUGAGUCUAAGGGUAGUAAGGGCAGUAGGUGUUUCCUUGGGUAUUGUGUACUGUUUCCCUGUUAAUGUACGCUGGCUACGUAGCAGAAUGUGUGGUUACAUGUUGGUGAUGUAUAUCCAUGUCAUUCUCAGCAUUUCUAUUAUUUCGACACACAAACUUAUUUUGUUUUUCUUUAAAAUUGUCUGAGUUUAACAUUUGAGUUGUAUGCAGUUGAGUUGCAAAGUUAGGUAUUUUGAAUGAGUUUAUUAUUGAAAUGAUAUAUAUAUAAUGUGUGUAUAGACAAAGAUAAUUAGCAUGUUCGCUGUGGUCAGGAGACCUCGCAGCUGCCGCUUGUCCCAUAUAGCCUGAUCAAUCAAGGGCAUCUGGAAAGUGCUGCAGAAGUGACUCAUUCUGUCCAGGCCAGUUCACGUCAGAUCACUGCAACCUAGAUUAAAAUUUUGUUUAGGCUCUGUAUUUUCACUGAUUGUUAAAAGACAAGUGAGUUUUGGGAGGAAGAGGUCAGCGCUCUUAACGCGUUUGCAGUGCAGGAACAGAAACAUCUUCAGAGCUCAGAGGUCAACUGCUGUCCUUUAUUUAUGAUUCUUAAUAAUUAUGAAAACAAACAUUCCAACAAUAUCAUAUUUUAAAUAACUUAAAAUAUAAAUUAUACAUAAAUAGUGGAGAAAUUAGGGUUUUGAGUAGAUCUGCUGAGCGCAGCGAUGGGCCUUGAUCAGAAAGUGUUUCAGCUGAAGCUCAUUCCCGGUCUCGAAGAUGGGACAAUUUUUUAUCUGAAUGGGGACAGAUUGUUCUGGUUAGGUGAAAGGUCAUUCUGCCAGUGGGACCCCCACCAUCCUCACUAGGGUGGGUGUCAUGUUUGACAAUUAAACUCAGUGUUGACAAUAAGA